CCAUUUUCCACAUUUUUUUCCUUCUAACAGUUGAAGAAAGAUCUAAAUCUCAGUCCUAAAAUGGCUGAAAACAAACCAGAAGCGAGGAAAAUCCCAGUCUUUACAGUAAUAAAGAAUGGUGCCAUUCUCAAGAACAUCUUCGUCAUCAACAAACCACCACCACCACCAUCACCCUCCAUCACGGCCGUCGAAAAUGAAGAAAACUCAGUUCAAGACGAUGAAGAGGAGGAGGAGGAAAUCUUGAUGGUUGGUCGACAUCCAGAUUGCCACAUCAUGUUGACUCACCGUAGAUUUCACCUCCAUAUUCACUCUAAACCCUCUUCACAGAACCUCUCUGUCAUCGAUUUAUCGUCUGUACACGGGACGUGGGUAUCAGAAAGAAAGAUUGAAUCUUGUGUUCCUGUGGAGCUGAAUGAGGGAGAUACUAUAAAGAUUGGUGGGUCAACUAGGAUCUAUAGGCUGCAUUGGAUACCUUUGAGCCACGCAUACGAUAUGGAUAAACCGUUUGUAUCACCCUUGGAUGUGCCCGUCGCAGAAGAGAAAGAAGAGCAAAAUCAAGUGGAAACGCAUCAGAUUGGAAAGAGUGAAUUGAGUGGUUCAUUGGUAGUGGAACCAAAAGAAGAACAAACAUGCCAGGGUUUGAAUUCUUUUUCAACUGAAAAUUGUGAACAACUUGAAAAGAAAAGUCAUUGGUGGUGGAAGAAAAUGAAGAAGGAAUUUGUCAGGGGAUUGUUUCCUUGUUUUGUGAUAAAGGGAUCAGAGUUGCUUCCGAAGACAGAGAUUCCAUUUUAUGGGAUUGUACCAGUAGACUUGGCUUGUCCUGCUGGGGGUAAUAUGUCAGUGCCUGAAGAGCAGCAAAUUGAUAAAGAUAAUAAAAUCCCAUGUCAUGGUUCUAUAACAGAAUUUAUGCCAGAAGCUGAAAAUUUAGAGAGUUCCUUAAGAUUAGAGAAAAAUCGAAGGUUUACUCUGACCCCUGCUGUCCGUCGUUAUGCAACUAUGCAAGAGAAGCCUUCGAUGGACAAAAACUUGAAUUUGCUAUCGGCUUUAAACUCUGGUUGCUCUAAUGAAGAAGGCUUUCCAGAAGCUGAAUUGUCUGAAGCUGGAAACCACAGCCCAAGGGCAGGCAUUGAACAGAAGGAAAUACCAAGCUUUUGUUCUUUUGUUCUUGAAGAGUCUGUGAACUCGUCUUUGCCUGUUGGGGAAGUACUCACGGAGAUUACGGAUAACAAAAAUAGCCAGACUCCACAAUCUCUGUUUUAUACAAAAGGAGUUGAAGACCAAGAAAACUCUGAAGUUUCUCCACUGAGAUCAGAUAGAAAGCUUAGCUCACGUAGCAUUUGGUCAAGAAGAGGUAAACCAGCGAGUGUUCUACAGAUUCAAACUGGUAGAAGCAGGAAAGCAACAAGAAGUCACAGUAAGGUUGAUGUAGAACUGCAGAUACAGGAGGAUAUUGAAAACAAAUCAAUUUCAAAGAUACUUUUCGCUGGUUUUGAAGAAGAGGAAGAAGAAAUCUUUACUCCAAACAAGGAGAAUUUCUCCCCAGAUACUCCGCCACUAAAGUCCUUGAAAAGGAAGGGUAAGCUGGAAAAAAUUAAGCCUUCCAGGUCAUAUAGAAAAUCCUCCUCAAAGGCUACUAUUAGCCCCAAUAUCCAGCCAGAAGAAGACUUGAAUUUUUCUUCAGACAAAGAGAACCAGACACCAAAAGUUCUCCAAGAGCAGAAAUUAGCAGGACAUGCCUCUAGAAAUCUAGUGAACUUGGAAGAGGAGAGGGCGAGUAAGAAAAGAGCAGAAAGGGUGCCAUUUCAAUCCCUUGUGGCAAACUCUUUAGGUCGGAGGGGAUCAGAAGCCUCACUUUCUAAUGCCACAACAAGAAGUAGUCAUUCUAUCAAUUUGUCUCAAACCAUGAAGGUCACUAAUUCCUCGUCCAUUGGAGAGAGAAGGAGAAGCUGGGGCAUGUUAGUAGAUGCCACUACUCUUCUAGACAAUGAGUCAAGGAGAUCAUUACAGCUAUUACAAGGUUGCUUUCUAGUGACGCCAGUCCAAUAG